AUGGUUCCAUUAUCAAAGCCAAAACGAUUACAAGAAAUUAUCUUACCACCAUAUAUCAAUCGAGGAGAGCAACGAAUUCGUCGUGAAAAAAAGAAAAAUAUUUUAUCAGUACCAUUUUUGGAUGUAGAACUUCGUUAUUGGUAUCGAGUUGGAUAUAGACAACGUGGUAUACAUAGUCGGCCUUACACGUACGUAGUGAUCACGUUAGAAUCAUUAUUAGUUUUAUUAGCAUUCCUGCUUCUUUCAUUAAUCCUUCGUAUUAUUAAUACUUCACCUGAUGCACCAAUUAAUAUGCUUAUUGCGCAGCGCAAUUAUUUUUUAACAGUACAAAAUUCG